AUGCCACAACUUAACGGAGGCGGUGGCGAUGAUUUGGGGGCGAAUGAUGAAAUGAUAUCAUUCAAAGAUGAAGGAGAGCAAGAGGAAAAAAUAUCCGAAAAUGUAUCAGCGGAGAGGGAUUUGGAUGAUCUCAAGUCUUCGUUAGUGAACGAAUCGGAAAACAACAGUAGCUCGUCAGACUCCGAGGUAAGGCCGUUAUAUGCUGAUCUGAAGUCUGAUCUAUUGCAAAGCUUGUCUAUAGGCGUUAUCCUACAUCCCCGUUGCAAAAUUGUUAUUUUUGGUAUAGCCUAUUGCUGAUGUAGACUACUAUUACAUUUUCCCCCUUCUUGUUCUGUGUGUGCCUCUGUCCUUGUCAGCAAGCAGAGCGGCGCCCUCAACCAAGACCAGACUUGGACAGUUACGAGAAAACCAGGGAUUACUUUAGUGAAGGUAAGAACUGUCACUUGCAAUGCUACAUUGUUGCAUUUGCUUUACUAUUGUUUAAUGCACUUCAUAUGUAUGUGAUGUCCUUUCUCUUUACUGAUAUUCAUGCUCUGUCCCUGCAGCACUCAGAAGACAGCAAGAUGGUGGCUUUUUCAAGAGUCCCCAUUAUCCUGGGUACCCGUUUCUUAUGAUCCCAGAUCUUACCAACCCCUACCUAUCCAAUGGGGCCCUGUCCCCUAGCGCAAGAACGGUGAGUGACCAUAACAAAGUUAAUCUAGAAUGUAGGUUACUCUUCAGUGUUGCCAGUAAUCUGCGUUGCUUUCCACAGAAGGCAUGUGUAAAAAUUGGUUAUGCACAGCCAGACCGCCAUAUUCCCUUCGAGUGGCCUCUCAAGGAGUAG